UCCCUGCGCUUUCCCGCUCACUCCUAAACCCGCCUCCACCAUUUUCUCUCGCGUAUAAACCCUCUUAUCCCUUUCGUCUCUUCCCCAGCAUCGCACCAGAACCACCAAACGAUCAACAACGAACGCAAAAAAUAACUCAGUACCGUGUCUCUCAUACUGUCAUGGCGCCCGCGUUGAGCAGGACCCUGGGGGCGUCGUCCGCGGCGGGGUUGCGACCGAGCCCGUCACGGGGUCUGCUGCCGGGCGCGCACAUGCUCCUGCCGCAGGGCAGGGGCGCGUCGAGGCGCGCCAGAGGAGUGAGGUGGGACUUGGGGAAGAAGGGGAGGGGGAGGCCUGUCGGGGUGAGGUGCGACGCUGCCGUCGCCGAGAAAACAGCCGGUGAGGAGGAAGAGGAGGCGUUGGCCGGCGAGAAGUUCGAGUACCAGGCCGAGGUUAGCCGAUUGAUGGAUUUGAUUGUUCACAGCUUGUACAGUCACAAGGAAGUAUUCCUUCGGGAGCUUGUAAGUAAUGCGAGUGAUGCAUUGGAUAAGCUGAGAUUUCUCAGUGUAACUGAUCCCUCUAUGCUAUCUGAUGGUGCUGAGAUGGAAAUUAGGAUUAAACCUGACCCUGAUGCUGGCACAAUUACUAUCACUGAUAGUGGCAUUGGCAUGACAAAAGAUGAACUGAAGGACUGCCUCGGAACUAUUGCACAAAGUGGCACCUCCAAGUUUUUGAAGGCUCUGAAGGAGAACAAAGAGAUUGGCGCAGAUAACGGACUUAUUGGUCAGUUUGGUGUUGGAUUUUAUUCGGCUUUUCUUGUUGCAGAGAAGGUUGUGGUGUCCACUAAGAGUCCCAAGGCAGAUAAGCAGUAUGUAUGGGAAGGUGAAGCUGACAGCAGCUCAUACCUUAUCAAGGAAGAGACCGAUCCUGAGAAAAUGCUGACACGUGGAACACAUAUUACUCUGUUUUUAAGAGAUGAUGAUAAGUAUGAAUUUGCUGACCCUGCGAGGAUUCAAGGUCUAGUAAAGAACUACUCGCAGUUUGUUUCAUUUCCCAUCUUUACAUGGCAGGAGAAAUCAAGAACAGUUGAGGUUGAAGAAGAGGAAGAGUCGAAAGAGGGUGAAGAGGCAUCAGAGGCUGUGAAGGAGAAAAAGAAGAAAACUAUCACUGAGAAGUACUGGGACUGGGAGUUGGCAAAUGAAACAAAGCCAAUAUGGAUGAGAAAUCCAAAGGAAGUCAAGAAAACUGAGUACAAUGAAUUCUACAAGAAGACAUUCAAUGAAUUUCUGGAUCCUCUAGCUCAUGCACACUUCACAACAGAGGGUGAGGUGGAAUUUAGGAGCAUUCUCUACAUCCCAGGAAUGGCACCUCUUAGCAACGAGGAGAUAAUGAAUCCUAAGACCAAAAAUAUCCGGUUGUAUGUCAAGAGAGUUUUCAUAUCUGAUGACUUCGAUGGUGAGCUGUUCCCUAGGUACCUGAGCUUUGUAAAAGGUGUUGUUGACUCGAAUGAUCUUCCUCUCAAUGUUUCUCGUGAGAUUCUUCAAGAAAGUCGUAUUGUCAGAAUCAUGCGUAAGAGACUUGUUAGGAAGACUUUUGAUAUGAUUCAGGAAAUUGCUGAGAAAGAUGAGAAAGAGGACUACAAGAAAUUUUGGGAGAGCUUUGGCAAGUUUCUGAAACUUGGUUGCAUUGAGGACACUGGGAAUCAGAAGCACCUUGCUCCUUUGCUGCGGUUCCACUCCUCCAAAACUGAGACAGAUUUGAUAAGUCUCGAUCAGUACGUUGAAAAUAUGCCUGACAGCCAAAAGGCAAUCUAUUAUAUUGCCACAGAUAGUCUUCAGAGUGCAAAGACAGCUCCGUUCUUGGAAAAGCUGGUUCAGAAAGAUAUUGAAGUUCUCUACCUUAUUGAACCGAUUGAUGAGGUAGCUAUUCAGAAUUUACAGACGUACAAAGAGAAAAAGUUUGUUGAUAUCAGCAAAGAAGACCUAGGAUUGGGUGAUGAAGAUGAGGACAAGGAAAAAGAAAGCAAUCAGGAAUACACCCUACUUUGUGACUGGAUAAAGCAACAGCUGGGUGACAAAGUUGCCAAGGUUCAAAUCUCAAAGCGACUCAGCUCUUCGCCAUGUGUUAUUGUAUCCGGCAAGUUUGGUUGGUCAGCCAACAUGGAAAGGCUUAUGAAAGCACAAACACUUGGUGACACAUCAAGCUUGGAGUUCAUGAGAGGAAGAAGAAUCUUCGAAAUCAAUCCUGACCACCCUAUUGUCAAGGACUUGAGUGCUGCUUGCAAGAACGAGCCUGAAAGUACUGAAGCCAAGAGAGCAGUUGAGUUGCUCUAUGAGACUGCCCUGAUAUCCAGUGGAUAUACUCCUGAGAGUCCAGCGGAGUUGGGCGGCAAGAUCUACGAGAUGAUGACGAUUGCCCUUGGUGGAAGAUGGGGAAGAUCAGCCGCUGAUGAUACUAAAGCAAGUGCCAGCGAAACCAACGCAGAGGUGGAUUCUUCUGAAGGCACCACGAUGGAGGUUGUUGAGCCGUCGGAAGUGAGGACUGAGAGCGAUCCAUGGAAGGAUUAGUUUAGUUUCCAUUUUUGGUUUUAUACCCUAGAGGCCCAGAGGUGGGUGAGCAAAAGAGAAGCAUUUUCCCUGGAGCCAGAAUGAUGGUGAAUUGAUCGAAGGACGCCUAAGCUUCAAAAUCUUAUAUGUAUCGCCUGAGGCUAGAUUUUGUAGGGGUCUGUUUAUGACCGUCAAAUUAAAUUUUCCUGUAUAUAUUUCAUCUCUAAUUUCCUAAAAAGCGAAGUUGUUCUGUUACUUCCUGUUCGCUAACUUGCAAGAUGGCAUUUGUUGUUUUUUCUUUUA